UGAGCCAGACUUCCACGAUGCCAUGGAAACGCGACGCUUUCCUGGAUUGAUCAUGUUAUGAAUGAUCUCGAGAAAAUAACAAGAAGACACAACAUGCCUCGCAAAGCAGUUAAAGUGGUCGUUGAACUCCACCUGAAGGCGAUAACCUGUCCAGGGGUGCAUCUACCAGCCAAAGAUGAUGUUUACAUCAGUGUGAGUCUUAUGAAUAAAUACAGGAAGACUGAAUGUCUUCCUGCAGUGUUUCCAUUACUGAUCCGGGAGAAAAUGAGGUUUGAAAAGAUACUGAAUUAUGCCACCGAUCCUGCAGCAAUAGCUGAAUUCCUGCAGGUUAUUUUAGUGUGUAUCUCCUCCUCCUCAGGUGAAACAGUGAAAAUUGAACUCAUUCAGCUGAUUCCUCCAGCUGGAGAAAUACUGGGCAGUUUUGAAGAAGAUGCUCGAAGUUUUCUUUUCCCAGAACCAAAGCUUGUCCCAUCUUUCUCUGGAGUAGAGAGAGAGGUAUUAAUGACACGGCAUCCCACUUUUCCUGGUAUCUCUCCAAGAUUAGAGUUCUCCACAAAGACAACAUUCAGUGAAAUCUUCAGUGACAAUGGUUUCCUGACUGUUCCUGUGAGGGAAAUGACGAGAAAAACCUCCAAAAAGUCACGGAAACAGGGCAGCACCUCAUCCCGAAGACAUCUCUCUUUUUCUCCAUGCAGUCAAAGAGAACAUCACGACAGAGAUCAGGUUCAGAGGUCACGUGGACAGUCCUCUUCCCAUUAUUCACCCGUCUGUGACAGAAACUCCAGAUUAAGGAGUUUGUCACCGCAUCGAUCAAAACCAUCAGCAGAAUCAAGAGACAGAAGAAGCAGCUAUUCCAGACCUUGGAUGGCUGAGGAAGACUCUUCAGACACAGACGAUCUCCUUGACUACGCAGAGGAAGUGGGCCGUCAUCAUUCCCUCAUGGGAUACGAGGGCUCUUCCAGACACUCCAGUACGGAUCGCCAGAGGCACAAUGGAUCUCUCUUGGGUUCUCCUGACCUGUGGGAGGAAGUUCAGGAACGGGUUCAAAGCCUUUUAACAUCUCCCAAAGCGGUUCAUAGACUAGCCUGUGGUGCCACUGACUCCGAGAUAGACGAGGUAUUGACACGCAGAUCUGUUUUGGCCCACUCAUGCCCAUUCUAAACACCAGCGUGUGCUGUAAGAAAGUGAUGAAUCAGAGGACUGUGUGAUUUCCUGUGGCAUUGCAUCUUUUUCCAUUCAAUUAUGAGUGUGUUUGUUUGUAGUUGUGUUUGUAUUGCAGCUUUGAAAUGAAACGGUAUAUUUCUAGUGUUUUUUAACGGACUCUUCUGACACUUAAAAUGGUACAUGUGCUUAAUAUAACCCUCAUAACAGAAAAGGUUGGCUCCCUCGUUGGAGCCGUGGUGCAGCGAUAGAACACAUCGUGUCACAAUGCAAGUCCUAUAUAAUGAAGAAAAAAAAAAAGAGACAAAAUCAUCAAAAGUGACAAAUCAGUAGUGCUUUGAUCACAUCCUUUGUUCCUCUUUUUAGCAUUUUUUUUUUUUUUUUUUUUUUGCAAAUGCUGCUCGUUCAUUAGCAAUUAAAAUGAAAUAACUGCUUUAGCUGAUUGUCAAGUUCAAAAGGCUUAUUCUGUUUGUAUCAGGGAGCCGCAGGUGUGUUUUGUCUAUGGCAUUUCCCCUUGAGACUGAGUAUUAACCGAAGAACAUCUAUCUAUCUAUCUAUCUAAAGU